GUCUAGGCUAUGGAGGAAUGGAACUGGCUGUGGUGCAUGCUACCAGGCAAGGUGCAAAUUAGAGCAAUACUGCGACGAGGAGGGAACCUACGUGGUGGUAACAGACUACGGCGAAGGAGACAGAACAGACUUCAUUUUGAGCCCACGCGCCUACAAGAAGUUGGGACGAAACGAUGAAGCUGCAGCAGAGCUAUUCAAAUAUGGUGUGGUUGACAUUGAAUACCGAAGGGUCCCUUGCAGAUAUGAAGGCUACAACAUUGUCUUUAAGGUCCAUGAACGAAGCAAGAAUCCUGAAUACUUUGCUGUUGUCAUUCUCUAUGUUAAUGGUGCUUAUGAUGUAACUGCUGUUCAGUUGUGGCAGGAAGAUUGCCAAGAAUGGACAGAAAUGAGGAGGGUUUAUGGGGCAGUGUUUGAUUAUGCCAACCCACCAAGUGGUGAAAUCAAUUUGAGGUUCCAAGUGAGUGGCAGUGCAGGUAUCUAUUGGGUGCAAUCCCAGAAUGCUAUUCCUAGUGAUUGGACUGCUGGAGCUGCUUAUGAUUCACAGGUUCAGCUUACUUAAAAAAAAAAUAAAAUAAAAUAAAAUAAAGAAAAGAGGAAAAACUUUUGGUAUCUUAUUGUUGAGAUGCCAGGAUCAAGAUAACAAAUCGAUAGGCACUACUAGUAUUCAAUUGUUUACUCUUAAGGAUGUUGAUGUUAAUGUUACUAGUGUGUCCUCUUUGUGUUUAGGGACUAGAAUAAAUGAGGAUUCAUGUACUUUUCUUAUGAAAAAUUCAUGGAAUAUGAAUAAUAUAAAAGCAUUAGCUUUUCUCCUUUA